AUUUACAACAGCAAUUUCCUCAGUGUCUAACUCACUCACCUUGAAAAGCUUUCCAUGGAAUCAUGCGUAGUCAUGACAGAUAAACAUUCGUGGUGAAGAUACUCUGUUUUCAUAAGAUCAACAUGUACUUCACCAGUAUUUCCUUUUAUACAGGUUGCUGCUGUGGAGCAGAGAAUGUGGAGGCACCGACAAAACAGAAGGUUUCUGUAAGAGUGUCACAGGCAAGGAAGCCCAAGGUAGCCUUGUCUUCCCAGAAGAGCCACCCCUGUGAGAGUUGUGGGCUAGUCUUGGAAAAUAUUUUCCACGUGAUGGAGAAGCAGGGAACACAACACACACAGAUAAUGUUGAGGUGUGGGGCAUGUGCAAAACGAUUUUAUUUCACUGUAAAAUUUCACCAGCAGCAUGUGAGAGAGAAGAAUUUCAAUAGAGGGUUGAGGAGGAUCUCAGUUGCAAACAGCUGCAGUUUCAAUGUGUCCGAGAAUCGUUCCACCUGUGGCAAGGUUGGGCAGGGUGUACUGACUGGGUCAGGAUAUCUCCACCUAAAGGCUACUCCGAUCAGGGACAGUCCUAAUGCUAUUUCCACACAUGGGAUGAUGUUUCAAUGGAGAGAAAUUUGUAACACCAGAAAAGAAUGUAAGAAAGACAUUAGUUGCACCGGCAUGGUUAUUCAGACAAAGGGUGUUACAAAUCGAUGUUUUGUGUGCUCUGAAUGUGGGAAAUCUUUUACAACUGACUCUCACCUUCAUUAUCACCAGAGAGUUCACACUGGAGAAAAUUCUUAUAAAUGCAGUGAAUGUGGGAAAUCUUUCACCAGACCCCUUGGUCUCCAGUAUCAUCAGAGAAUUCACACAGGAGAAAAGCCUUAUCAAUGUAGUCAAUGUGGGAAAUCUUUUACCACUAACUCUCAACUACGUUAUCAUCAGAGAGUUCACACUGGAGAAAAGCCUUAUAAAUGCAGUGUGUGUGAGAAAGCUUUUAUCAAGAAAACGCACCUUCGUAGUCAUCAAAGGGUUCAUACAGGAGAAAAGCCUUAUAAAUGCAGGGAAUGUGGGAAAUCUUUUACCUGGGACAGUGAUCUUCGUCAUCAUAAGAGACUUCAUACAGCAGAAAAUCCUUAUAAAUGCAGUGACUGUGGAAAGUGUUAUACCAGUCCCAGUGGUCUCCAAUAUCAUCAGAGAGUUCACACAACAGAAAAGCCUUAUAAAUGCAGUGAAUGUGGAAAAUCUUUUACCUGUAGUGGUAAACUUCGUACUCAUCAGAGAGUUCACACUGGAGAACAGCCUUAGAAAUGCAGUGAAUGUGGGAAAUCUUUUACAAGUAGCAAGGGUCUUCAAUGUCAUCACAGAGCUGACACUGGAGAAAGGUAUUUUGAGUGCAAUUAAUGUGAGUUAUCUGUCAGUCUCAUUUGUAAAUUAGCGCUGUACAAAACAGUCCACGUUAUAAGGUUUUUAGAUGUAUAGGAAAUGUAGUUUCUUACUUAGGACUUAACAAUUGUAAAAGAAAAUUAGUGAAGUCUCAUUAGUCUGAAUUAUAUCUCAUACAUAUAAUCACCUACAUUAUGUAACGUCUCCGCAACUGUUUCUGCUGUUCUAUUUCUUUGUUCUUAUAUUGGAAGUAUAUGUAUCUAUGUUUCACUUUCUAACAGAAAUGUCCAGCCCGAUCUAUGUCACUGCAUAUUUCUGCUGCUGAAGCUAUUUCCCCCUAUAUUAUAGCAUCCGAUAAGGUCCCAACAGAUGGCACCAAUCACCAUCUUCAUGGGCCCAGGGAAGCUAACUGUGUUGUCUAAUUUGUUGAAGAAAAUAGGAAUACCUCAUCCCUUAUUCUUACUUGUAUCCCAGCCACGAGUUGCCACAUAGGACUGAUUACUCUUGGUGCCAGUAAACAUAAUGUUGCAGAAGAAAUGCCAUUUUGAGGGACACACUAUCCUACAUGCUAAUGUUGACUUUAUUUUUGUGCGUAAGUGAGUGAUGGUGAAUCUGUGACACGUGUGUCAGAGGUGACGCGCGAACUCAUUUUUUUUGGUUGACUUUUCUUUGUUCAAUGCCAUUUAAAUAUAUAACAUAAGUAUCAAAAAUUUAAAUCUUUGUUUUACUAUGGUUGCAAAUAUCAAGAAGUUUCUAUAUGUGAAACAGCACCAGAGUUAAGUUAGGGUUUUUCAAAAUGCUGACACGCCAAGCUCGAAAGGUUCGCCAUCACUGGCCUAAGUCAUCAAGGUGAAAA